AUGGCUACACUCGGAUGUGUGUUUUGUGGAGCUGAUGAAACGGUGGUCCAUGUGCUUCUCCAAUGCCCCAUGGCUAUUGCUUCUUGGUCUCUAUUUCCGGCCUGGGCUCACUUUAAUACUGAUUCCACAGAGGAGUUCAAGAUGUGGUUCCAUGGAUUUGCUGCGGAUCACCCCACUCAUGAGCUAGAGAAAGUCAUGGUGUGCAUGUGGAUGCUGUGGUUUGAGAGGAAUCAAAUGAUCUGGACAGGACGUCAUCGGAGUUCAACAGAAGUUGUGAGUGGAGCAAUGUACUGUCUGCAGGAGUUUCAGGAGUUACACCCCCCUCCCAAGAAACAUAUUUCACGUGCCAAAGCCAAAUGGCUACGGCCACCGACUGGAGCUAUUAAAAUAAAUGUGAGUGGAAUGUUUCAUGUUGAAUCCAGCUUUGGUGGGGUUGGUUUGGUGGUCCGAAAUUAUACAGGUGCUUUUCUUGCAUGCAAGUUGGUUGUGCUACGUGGAGUAUCAAAUCCCAUGCAUGCCAAGCUAGUUGCAUUAAGAGAAGGCUUAAUCUAUGCUGCCAAAUGGUCCAACUUGGACUGUCAUAUAGAAGGGGAUUCUCAAGGCGCUCUACACUCAGUACAACAGGGCCAAGCUGAUCUGUCCCACCUUGGUUGCCUAAUUGAGGAUUGUAAAACACUUUUGGCCAAACAAGAGCGUGUCUAUUUGAGGUUUACAGAGAGGAAGGCUAAUGGGGUUGCAACUCGCCUGGCACACUAUGCUCUACACUCCCAGGAAGCAGCAGAAUGGGUUACUGAUCCCCCAGUUUUCCUACAGGAUGUUCUGUUUUCUGAUGUUAUGUAA